CUUGCUCUGUAUCCUCAGUCUGUCAGUAACCGCGCAAGCGUGCGGUUCGUCUUUUACUUGAUACGCGACAGGGUCGACACAGUUACGAGGGAAGUUCCCUUGAAUUCGUGUCUACCCGAUUCUACAGACGCAACAUUGCGCGACGUUUAUUUUCUUUAAUUGAUCGCGUUCGAUGCACCGUUGAUUGGACACUUGAGUUCCCGCUGGAUCCACGUGACACUCGUGAUCGACGUUGCGGGUCAACGUCGCUGGAUAGUACAUCGAGUGAUUUCGGCGAAUCUAGUACCGAGGAUUCUUGAAUGAACUUGGUCACGAAUGUGCUCUAAUUUGUGUAUCAUCGUGUGUGAUUAACGUUGGUGGAUAGCCGAAGUGAGAUUUCGGAGCAGAACGGAUAGAAACACGGUUACCUCCGGGGGUUGCUAUCGAUCAGCUGAACUUUCGCUGGAGCGAAUACUCAACCCUUAUCGGAGCGAUAACGCGGCAAGGAGCUGCGAUUGGGCCCGGAUUGCUGCGCGACAGUUUUGAUUUGUGACGAAUCGCUGUUUCGAAGUUGGUGUCCGUCGUCGUGGUUACUUAGGGGAUGAGCUAGUGAGUGAUUUGUUGAUUAACCCCGGUGAUGUUACGUGUCCGGUGAUAAGCCGUCAAUCUCUUCCCCCUAUAGCUUGAAGACACCGUAACAACCGGAUCGAAAAAGUUGCCGUUAGUCGGUAGUGUCUGUCGAGUUUUCGCAACCCGUUUACGUGCAAAUCCGUCCUCACGGCCGGUCGGAGUAUCCAAUGCAAAUGUCCGGGAUAUUCAUCGACGCUGGAAAGAACUUUCCGUAUCCGCGUGAUUAAAUCAAUCGGUCGGUUCAUCGAAGGAAAACCACGGAGGAUUUUUCUUGCCCUUUUUUGCUCUCAGCCCCAAAAGUGGCUAGAGGGUGCGCUUAGAACAGGUGUACCCGGGCAAUUCCGGUGGACAACUUUCCACGGUCGAUCGUAUUUCACUGGGAACACGCGACCAAGUUUAAUUUCGGACUCGCGGAGGAGAGAGAGUUUCGUGUGUACUUUGUCGUACGCAGACGCUAUCCAUCGACGUCGCCGAUCAACCCUUUGAAGUCGAGACCGGAAGGAUCGUUUGUCCGCUUUCGAAUCCCUGCCGCUAUAGAAUAUUUCCUGCGAACUGUGUCCGUCGUCGGUUCCUCGGCGUUUUCACGGUGAGAGGAUUAAGGGGAAGAUGGUAUUCGUUCAAUGACGAAGGGAGAUCACGGAAAGUUCGGCUCGAUGUGCGAUCCCACGGCGUUGCUGGACCUGGUGCCUAGCGAGGGAUUACUCAAGAGGCCGUCCAUGGACUAUAACGAGUACACGUAUUGCUACGGUGGUGGUCGAGGGUGUUUGUUGGACAAUUCGGCGCCACGGGGACCUCCCGAUGUGCCUCCCCGUAACCCUACAAUGAGUCGUGUCAACGGAAGAUUGCCAGGAAGUCACGGAGCUAGCGACCACGAGCGUGAUCCCGAUCUCCAGCCGUCCUGUCUCGUACGCACCUCAUCCGGCGGCUUCUACAGUAUACCAAAGAUACCGAAGAGCGAGUACAACAACAAGAAUCAGUCUACGGGGAAUAGUCCAAUAAAGGUCGAACUGCAGAACAACAUGGACAGGGUACCUUUACCGUACGGCCACACGUCCUCGAUGAUUCCAAUGAGGAGACAAAGCAUUCGUUGCCAUUUUGUCAAAGGGGUCGAUUGGUGCAGUUGGAAAUUAAUUGCAAUGAUAUUGCUGAUGGUCUCGUUAUGUAUAACAGCGGCUUUGGCCUAUGUAGUAGUAUCCAGUAUAGUAAACCGAUCUUACCAAGGUACAAAAGCGUGCACGGUGAUGGUCGGCGAGAAUGCGGACCCUAAGGUGUUGUCCGCCGAGGCGAACAAGACGUCCUCGACAGCGGUCGCAUCGUCGUCGCAAUCCAACAGCAGGACAAGACAACAAGCACCCUCCGGAGGUAGUAUUAACCCAUCGGCUCGCAUGUUAAAGCACGUGUACAUCCGUAAUCGUAGGGACACCUUUAACCAGCAUGCAUUGCACCAAACUGUCGUAUCCUCUAAAUACCUUGACGAGCUGCCCUCGACCGAGGUGCCGGAAGAGACCUCGAUGUCUGAGCAGCAAACGAUCUCUUCAGACGAGGAUCGUUUCGGUAAGGUUAACAAGUAUCAAACUGAGUACGUGUAUAAUCCUUGGGUGGAAGAGGCCAUCGGCGACCACACUACUACCAAAAACCCGCUAAGAGAUGAGCCCGAGCGAUCAGGAUCGACAGGUCCCUCGGGAACGGUGCUUGUUUUGGGCGUCUCUGAUUCUUCGAUUACUAACUACUCGCGUGAUUCGACCGAUACCACUGUUUCCGUGGACCUAGCCUCCGCCUCUGUUGCAACUGACCCUCGCAGCACCGAUCGUUCGUCCGCUUUUUCGCCUUCUCCCUCCUCCUCCUCCUUCGUUUCACUUAACGAACCAGCAAAGCGGCCUUUAGAGAGCCCGACCGGGUCCUGGAGCAGCGAUAGCUCGGAAUCGACCCAAGCCGCGUCAAGUGACGAACACGAGGACACUUGGAUCGUCACCAGCACUGAUCCAGUUACCAUCGAGAAUCGCGAGGACGGUAUUGCAGAAGUCCAGAUGAACGAGUUUACCCGGUCUGUUGAUUCGAUGGACAAUGUUAACGUCGAACGCACCGGAAGUUCAAAUGUCUCUCGGGGCUACCGAGAGACUCCGCGUCGCGAGAAGAAGUUUGGGGAAAGUAUCGGUACCGGAGAUGCCGAGUCGAUAAUCGUGAAAAGUUCAACGAACACUGAGUACGAUAGCAGUAGUGCUAGCAUCAGUAGUAUAGAAUCCACGGAGAGCAAUCUAGAAUUAGUAAAACAGAGCACGGUCGUAGACGCUACAACCGCUGGCGAGCUCGAUUUCAGCCAGAGUCCCGUCGAAUCCUCGAGCGUAAGUAAUUCCGACGAAAAUUUCGUACCGCCAGAAGUCACUCCGAAUUCUUCGUCAAAAUCUACAGACGAGGUAAGAGGGAAUGCAGAAAACAAGGAAGACGAUUUGAAAGGCGAAAAUCACGAGGUAGAAGUACAGAACCAUGGGAACGCUUCUAAUUUGUCCGAUGUCGUGAAAGAAACCCGAGAGCUCUCCCGGGAGGAGUCCUCCUCGGAGUCUGAUGCACCGAGUCACGCGAAGACUUCCGAAGAAUCCGAGGAACUCCAACGGGACUAUCCUUUACCAAUUUAUAAUUAUGGCCACGAAGAGGUGGAGAUCGUGAAACUAAGCCAAAAAGGCGAUGGCACCAGCGUAAAGGGCAAGCAGCGUGGCUUCGAAACGCUCAACGUCCCGCGCACGGUCCACCAAGCCAAUGAUCUGCGAGUGAUCACCAGGGAAGAUAACGACGAAGAAUUCCUGCUCGAAUUUGAGAAGAAUUACCGAGAGAAAUCUGCUGAAACUGAUCGCGUCGAGGACUCCACCUCCAAGAGUCACGAUGGUCCUAAAAAAUUACCAGACGCCACUGAAGCUAAAACUUCACCCGUAGUUCAACAAGUUCAAAUCGUCGAAGUGCCUGUCCACGGUAAACAUGCCGAGUCCUCAUCUUCAUCCUCGUCCUCAUCAUCUCGAGUGCUUGUGAACAUAACAAUCGCUUCGGGAGACCCUGCAGCUUCGAAACCGCUUUACGUUCUCUCGGUCUCGGUGCCUACGAACGGUGAAUCGUCUUCGGGGGUGAACGUGGAGCAAGUUCAGCCGCGCGAGGAUGAAAAGAGCCAGAAUGCUAACACGGCGAGCGUCGCGAAUCCAGCGUCGAUGGAAAACGAUAACCGACUUCCUCCGCCUCCGCAGCCGCCCUCUUCGCCGCCGCCGCCCAUCUGGGCCGGUGGCGAAUGCGAAUGCUCUUGCCCCUGCAUGGGUUCAUCUUCUGACGAGUGGGACAAUUUUCCAGAAAACGACGAGAAUCCGAACUUAUACGAUGCGCCCGACAAUUCGAGCCUCUCAAUGGACGAACCGCCCGAUCUAGGGCUAAAGAGUACGAUCGAUGGGAAAGAUGUCGAACGAGAUAAAGAGAAAGAGGUUUCAGUUGUUACGAAAGAUUCGGUAACGACAAGCACCGAGAAUUAUUCCGUAACGACAGAGGAAAAUACCGGAUCCACAGAAUGGUCCACCAUGAAUUACGAGACCGAAAGUACUGUGCCUGCGUGCUCUGGGACAACCCCAUUACCCCCUGAACCCACUAUACUGAUCUUGGAAGGUGCGAGAACUUUUCCCGCCAGGUCUUUCCCACCUGACGGAACGACUUUCGCCCAAGUCGCCUUGGGACAGAAGCUGAGCAAGGAAAUUCCACCGUACAGCUACUGGAACAUGCAGUUUUACCAGUCGGAAGCUGCGUAUGUGCGGUUCGACUACAAUAUCCCACGUGGUGCCAGUAUCGGUGUCUACGCUCGAAGGAACGCACUUCCCACGCACACGCAGUACGAUCUCCUGGAGGUGUUGAGUGGUUUCAAAGCCAGGACCACUCGGGCGUCCCAUGUUAGUGUUAUUCCUUCGAUCAAGAAAGAAGUUAUCAAUUACAUGGAACCUGGUCAUUGGUUUCUGUCGUUGUAUAACGACGACGGAGAUCCACAGGAAGUGUCUUUCAUAGCUGUAAUCGCCGAAGACAUGACGCACAAUUGUCCAAACGGUUGCAGCGGUAAAGGUGAAUGCCUUCUGGGCCAUUGCCAGUGUAUCCCUGGUUUCGGGGGUGAGGACUGUAGCGAAAGCGUUUGCCCAGUUCUGUGCAGUCAACGUGGAGAAUACAUAAACGGAGAGUGCCAAUGCAACCCCGGUUGGAAAGGGAAAGAAUGCUCGUUGAGACAUGACGAAUGCGAAGUACCCGAUUGUAACGGGCAUGGUCAUUGCACUAAUGGGAAAUGCAAUUGCGUGCGCGGCUACAAAGGAAAGUAUUGCGAGGAAGUGGACUGUCCCCAUCCCACCUGCUCCGGCCACGGUUUCUGCGCGGACGGCACGUGUAUUUGUAAAAAGGGGUGGAAAGGACCCGAUUGCAGUCAAAUGGACAAGGAGGCACUUCAGUGUCUGCCGGACUGCAGCAGACAUGGAAACUUCGAUCUUGAAACUCAGACAUGUCUCUGUGAGCCAAUGUGGUCUGGCGAUGACUGUUCGAAAGAACUAUGCGAUUUAGACUGUGGCCCUCACGGCCAUUGCGUGGACAACGCUUGCGACUGUCUACCAGGUUGGUCUGGUGAUCUGUGCAAUCUGAAACAGUGCGAUCCACGUUGCAACGAGCAUGGCCAAUGCAAGAAUGGAACCUGCUUGUGCGUGACCGGCUGGAAUGGUAAGCACUGCACCAUGGAAGGUUGCCCGAAUUCCUGUUCCGGGCACGGCCAGUGCAGGGUCGGCAACGAUGGCCAGUGGGAGUGCCGAUGCUACGACGGCUGGGAUGGCAAGGAUUGCAAUGUGCUCCUUGAACAGAAUUGCAACGACGGAAGAGACAAUGACAAAGACGGUCUCAUUGAUUGCGCGGAUCCGGAAUGUUGCUCGUAUCAUACAUGUCGUAGCAGUCAGCUUUGCGUGUCGGCACCCAAGCCGAUCGAUAUACUUCUGCGAAAGCAGCCGCCGGCCAUCACCGCCUCGUUCUUCGAGAGGAUGAAAUUCUUAAUCGACGAGGGCAGUCUGCAAAACUACGCGCGCCAGGAGACCUUCAACGAGAGUAUGUUCUGGAAUCACUUCAAUACAAGCCGAUCAGCUGUUGUUCGUGGCCGUGUUGUCACGCAUCUCGGUACCGGUUUAAUGGGGGUGCGCGUUAGCACCAGCACACCGUUGGAAGGUUUUACCCUGACAAGAGACGACGGCUGGUUCGACCUGCUGGUGAAUGGCGGUGGUGCUGUUACCCUGCAAUUUGGCAGGUCACCCUUCAAACCGCAAAGUCACAUUGUCUUUGUACCAUGGAAUGAGGUGGUGAUUAUUGACAAAAUCGUAAUGAGUACUGGCGAAGAGAAGCAACCGACGCACAUCCCCUACGCCUGCGCCGCACACGAUUAUGAUUUGAUGAAACCAGUUGUACUGGCUACAUGGAAGCACGGUUUCCAAGGAGCGUGUCCCGACAAGAGUGCCAUUUUGGCAGAAUCCCAAGUGAUCCAAGAAAGCCUACAGAUUCCUGGCACGGGAUUGAAUCUUGUUUACCACAGUUCCAGAGCUGCUGGUUAUCUGUCCACGAUACAGCUGCAACUGACCCCGGAAGAUAUACCGUCGACCCUCAAUUUAAUCCAUUUAAGGAUCACUAUUGAGGGCAUUCUAUUCGAGAAAACAUUCGAAGCAGAUCCAGUGAUAAAGUUCACUUACGCAUGGAACAGACUAAACGUGUACAGGCAACGAGUUUACGGUGUUACCACUGCUAUGGUGAAGGUGGGGUACGAGUACAGCGACUGCAAGGACAUUAUCUGGGACGUGCAAACGACCAAACUCAGCGGUCACGAUAUGUCCAUCUCCGAAGUUGGCGGCUGGAAUCUCGAUAUACAUCAUAGAUACAACUUCCACGAAGGUAUCUUGCAAAAGGGAGACGGCUCAAAUAUCUACUUGAAACAGAAACCCAGGGUCAUUCUUACCACCAUGGGAGAUGGACAUCAGCGACCUCUAGACUGUUACGACUGCGACGGGCAAGCUUCGAAACAACGCCUUCUUGCACCGGUUGCUCUUGCUACAGCACCUGAUGGCUCCAUCUUCGUAGGUGAUUUUAACCUUGUGAGGAAGAUCCUCGUCGACGGCACUGUUAGAACUGUUGUUAGACUGAACGCAACGAGGGUUUCCUACCGUUAUCAUAUUGCUCUGAGUCCAUUAGACGGUUCGCUCUACAUUUCCGACCCAGAGUCCCAUCAGAUUAUACGAAUCCGCGACACGAACGACUACACCGAUCCUGACCAUAACUGGGAAACGGUGGUUGGUUCCGGGGAGAGAUGUCUUCCGGGUGAUGAAGCUCAUUGCGGCGAUUUUGCGUUAGCUAGGGAUGCUAAACUCGCGUAUCCCAAAGGUGUCGCGGUCUCGGCUGACAACGUUCUGUACUUCGCUGACGGUACUAACAUCAGAAUGGUGGAUCGAGACGGUAUCAUCACUACAGUGAUCGGCAAUCACAUGCAUAAAUCGCAUUGGAAACCUAUCCCUUGUGAGGGUACCUUGAACGUGGAAGAGGUUCACCUACGUUGGCCCACAGAAUUGGCGAUCAAUCCCCUUGACAACUCGUUGCAUAUGAUCGACGAUCAUAUGGUGCUUCAGCUGGCUCCGGAUGGCCGAGUGAAGGUUGUCGCCGGACGCCCGCUUCACUGUGCUUCGCCAUCUUCGUCCUUCGAUACUGAACUCGCGACGCACGCUACCCUGGUCAUGCCUCAAAGCAUCGCUUUUGGACCGUCUGGGAACCUUUACAUCGCGGAAAGCGAUUCUCAGAGGAUAAAUAGAGUGAGGGUGAUCGGCACUGACGGUAAAAUUUCUCCAUAUGCUGGAGCAGAGUCAAAAUGCAAUUGUCUAGAACGUGGUUGCGAUUGUUUCGAGGCUGAUCAUUUCCUGGCUUCUACCUCAAAAUUCAAUACUAUAUCAGCAGUAGCUGUUUCUCCUGACGGUGUAGUCCACAUUGGUGACCAGGCGAAUUAUAGAAUCCGAUCAGUAACUGCUAGCAUUCCUGAUGCGAGUGGUGCCAGAGAAUACGAGAUCUAUUCGCCAGACACUCAGGAAGUAUACGUGUUCAACAGAUUUGGACAGCACGUGGCUACCAAGAACAUCUUGACCGGCGAGACUGUUUACCAGUUCACUUACAACGUGAAUACUAGCAAUGGCAAGCUUAGCACGGUGACAGACACUGCUGGAAACAAAGUGUUCCUGUUAAGAGAUUACAGUAGCCAGGUGAACUCGAUCGAGAAUACGAAGGGACAAAAGUGUAGACUUAGGAUGUCCAGGAUGAAGAUGCUUCACGAAUUGAGCACACCCGAUAAUUAUAACGUGACGUUCGAUUAUCAUGGCCCGACUGGCUUGUUGAAGACUAAAUUAGACAGUACUGGCAGGAGCUACGUGUAUAAUUACGAUGAAUUCGGUAGAUUAACCAGCGCAGUCACCCCUACAGGGAAAGUGAUCAGUCUGACCUUUGAUCUCAGCCUAAAGGGAGCAGUGGUUAAGGUUGGCCAGAAUAACAGGAAGCCUAUAUCGAUGUUGAUUAAAGGGUCUUCGGUGGUUACGAAAGUGGGAGAGGCUGAACAGAGGACCACGGUUUUGGCCGAUGGUUCCGUCGGCCAGAUGACACCAUGGGCUCACAUGAUUAAUACCGACACUAUGCCAUACACUGUUCUAGCUGAGAUCGAGCCGCUGCUGGAAGAAAGUUAUCCUGUACCGGCUAAACAGAGGACAGAAAUUGCUGGCGAUCUUGCAAACAGGUUUGAAUGGCGAUACUUCCUUCGAAAGCUUCCGGGCAAUAAGUACAGAGGAAAUUCGAAGUCAGUCGCGCAAGUUGGUAGAAAACUCCGUGUUAAUGGGGACAUUCUCCUAUCUCUCGAGUAUGAUAGAGAGACCAACAGCGUCGGAGUUUUCUUAGAAGAUGUGGAACUCUUGAAUGUUACUUCCGACAGAACGGCGAGACCGAUCAAAUGGGGCCCAAGAAACGGUAUGUUUGCUGCCGUAGAACUGGAGUACGAUAGAUUCAGUAGACUGAUCAACUGGAUUUGGGGAGACAUUAGUGAAACCUACGGCUUCGACAGAGCUGGUCGAUUGUACGAAAUCAAAUACAGCGACGGUACGUCGAUGGUCUACGCGUUCAAGGACAUGUUCAGCAGCCUUCCGUUGAAAGUGACGACACCGAGAGGCAGCGAUUAUCUGCUGCAGUAUGAUGAAGCUGGCGCGUUACAAUCGUUGACCACUCCGAGAGGACACAUCCACGCGUUCUCGCUGCAGACUUCCUUAGGAUUCUACAAGUACCAAUAUUACUCGCCGAUGAAUAGACAUCCGUAUGAAAUUCUGUAUAACGAUGAUGGACAGAUUCUGGCCAAGGUGUAUCCACAUCAGAGCGGCAAGGUUGCUUAUGUUUAUGAUCACACUGGAAAAUUGGAAACUACUCUUGCUGGACUGUCUUCGAUCCACUAUACGUACCAAGAAACAACCAGCCUGGUUCACAGCAUUGAUAUCAAUGAACCGAACUUCGAAAUGCGGAUCGAGUACAAAUAUCACGCUGGCAUUGUUAAGGACGAGAAGAUCAAGUUUGGCAGCAAGAGUGGUUUGGACAACGCUCGUUAUCGUUAUCAAUACGACGGUAACGCUCGAAUAUCUGGUAUCGAAGUGGACAUCAAUGGAAAACAGCUUCCUCAAUCACGACUCAAAUACAACCAAAAUCUGGGAACAUUGGAGGGUGUCGGUGAUUUGAGGAUCUACAGGAAUUUGUUCAACCGAUCAGUUAUGCAAGACAGUAGCAAACAAUUCUAUACGGUGACAGACUACGACGGACAUGGCAGGACAAAGACGGUGCUGAUGAAUAUCCGAGCGCUGGAUGUGUUCCGUAUGGAACUCGAAUACGACAAUCGAAAUCGUAUCAAGAUGCGGAAACUGACCAUCGGAGAUGACUCCAAGAUAGAAAAGAUAACGUACAACGCGGACGGCCAUGUGCUAGAAGUGGCAGACACCGAAAACAACUGGCAGUAUGCGUACGAUGAAAACGGUAAUGUGAUCGGUGUGACGGAGCAUAAUGAGAAAAUAGCGUUAGGGUACGACAGCGGUGAUCGCGUUGUCCAAUAUGGCGAUGUCGAGUUUAAUUCUUACGAUGCACGGGGCUUUGUUGUUAUUCGUGGAGAACACAAGUACAGGUACAACUCACGCGGUCAACUGAUCCAUGCAUCGGAGCACAAGAAGUUCCAGAUAUGGUACUUCUAUGAUGACCGCGGGCGGUUGGUGGCUUGGAACGACGACCGCGAGAACAUUACGCAAUUCUUCUACGCCAAUCCAAAGACACCUGACCUGAUCACGCACGUCCAUUUCCCGAAAUCGGCGAAAACAUUCCGAUUCCUGUAUGAUUCCCGCAAUUUCUUGAUAACAGUGGAGACGUCCGAGCAAAGGUUCUACGUCGCGACGGAUCAGAACGGUUCACCGUUAGCAUUAUUCGACACUAACGGAAACUUGAUCAAGGAAAUGAGACGAACACCGUUCGGCAAGAUCAUCAAAGACACCAAUCCUGACUUCUACCUACCCAUCGAUUUCCACGGUGGUUUGUUAGACCCCAACACUAAACUGGUCUACCUGAAUAAAAGAUUGUACGAUCCCACGGUUGGCCAAUGGAUGACGCCAGCUUGGGAGCAAAUGGCCAACGAACUGACCACCCCGACAGACAUUUUCAUCUAUCGUUUCCGGAACAACGAUCCGAUCAAUUUCAAACAGAAUGUCGAAUACAUGACCGAUCUUGGUAGCUGGUUGAAACUCUACGGCUACGAUAUCUCCGCUAUGCUCGGCUCUGAGUACAUGAAGAAGAUGGUGUAUCAACCGAGCGCUACAAUCACGUCUCCACAGUUGACGCCAGACUUCGGAGUGAUGUCCGGACUGCAGUGCAUCGUGGACCGAGUGCACGAGAAGUUCUCCGAUUUAGGCUUUGUUCCCAAACCGUUGCUGAAAUUGGAGCCUAAAACAAGGAACCUCCUUCCUCGAGUAGCUCAUCGUCGCGCCGUUUUCGGAGAAGGUAUUCUGGUGUCCCGAGUCGGCGGCCGAGCGCUAGUGAGCGUUGUGGAUGGCGUCAACAGCGUUGUCCAAGACGUAGUGACUUCUGUGUUCAAUAAUUCGUACUUCCUCCCGCUUCACUUCAGUGUUCACGACCAAGACGUGUUCUAUUUCGUAAAGGACAACGCUUUGAAGAUCCGCGACGACACCGAAGAGCUGCGUCGACUCGGUGGAAUGUUCAACGUGUCUACGCACGAGACAACGGAACAUGGAGCCGGCACCUGGAAGGAAUUGAGACUUCAUAAUCCAGACGCUGCGGUGGUGAUCAAAUAUGGAGCGGAUCCUGAGCAAGAAAGACAUAGAAUAUUAAAGCACGCUCACAAGAGAGCAGUAGAGAGGGCUUGGGAGAUCGAGAAGCAGCUGGUAAUGGCCGGCUUCCAAGGUAGGGGAGAUUGGUCGAAGGAGGAGAAGGACGAACUGAUCAGUCGGGGUACAGUGAACGGUUACGAAGGUGUAGACAUUCACAGUGUCCAUAGAUAUCCUCAGUUAGCCGACGAUCCCGGUAACGUCGCGUUCACCAGGGACACGAAGAGGAAACGGCGGAAGAGCGGGAACAGGCGCAACAGGAUUCACAGGCACGACUCGUGAUUCGAGGAUGUGACGCGAGAUCGUAACGCUAUUUGGGACUUGGUUCACGCGCCCACGUGAAUUCACGCAUCGGACAGACUUACCGAAAGAACAAUGAAGAGAGACAAGACUAAACGUUCUUUACCUACAAAUCGUGUACGAUGGCCGAUGGACCCAGCGUAUACGGCGUUCACUAAAUCCCGAAAACCGUUCUCUCUCUGUUUCUCUUCUCACCGCACUCGUGACCGAGAAAAGAGGAAGAAGGGAAGUGCGUCCGAUCGAGUGCUGUUUUUCUUAUUUUUCACGUACCAAAACCCCGCUCGGUGUGCCAUAAUAGCGUUGCUUGUGAUUCAACUGUCUAUAAUCGUUUACCUUUUGACGGCACGAUCGGAGGUGUCCGGCGUUGACGCGGCGCAGCGUCACACGGACGCGACGAUGGCGCGUCAAAAUUGAGCUAGUCACGUUAGUAACGAAUCGAGAAAGUAAUAAACGGGAAAUCCUUGUUACGUGGCGAUUAGUUUGUAAAUCGAUGAAAGAGAGGGGGAUAGGACGCGAGGCUCGAGGGACAAACGUGGACUCAAGACGAGCGAGUCGUGUGCA